GUGUAUGUGAACGACAAGAAGUUCGCCUGCGAGACAUGCAUCAAGGGCCACCGCUCGUCGUCGUGCAACCACACGGAGCGGCCCCUGUACGAGAUCAAGAAGAAGGGCCGCCCAAUCUCGCAGUGCGAGCGCUGCCGGCAGCUGCGCCAGGUAAAGAAAAAGCACACCAAGUGCACCUGCGCG